AUGGAGCUGGAAACCAUGACUUCUUCUGCAACAUCGUCUCCUUAUGAAUCGGAAAUUGAGGAGCUCGAACAAAGCCUAGAAGACACACCCAUGUUUUGGAGUACUCCGAAAAAGAUCCUUUCGAAGCAACUAUCGAUGUUGGAAACCCAACGGGACUUGGCGUGGGAAAAGAAACGACACCAGAUGCUGAUGCAAGAAAGAAGGAGGGAAGCCGCGAUUAUAGCUUCCAGUGAAUUAUGUGAUGAGGAUCUUAAAGAACUCAAAGGUUGCAUCGAGCUCGGUUUCGGUUUUAACGAAGAUAAAGGUGGUCAAAGUCUAACAAACACCUUCCCAGCACUCGACCUAUAUUUCGCGGUGAACAGACUUGGAAGCCCGACAAGCCCGAGUAGUUCGAGUUCGUCGGGAUCAAGAUUUUCGCCUAUUAGGUCAUUAUCAUCAAGAUCAUUAGAAGGAAGCCCAUCAUCAGUUUGCAGUGAGGAUUCAUCACCUAAGAUUUAUAGUGCAGGAGAAGAUCCCCAACAAGUUAAGACAAAGUUGAGGCAUUGGGCUCAAGCAGUUGCUUGUUCUGUAAUGCAGUCUUCUUAA